AUGGAUAAGCAACUUGACAAGCAGAGCAAGUGGCGAGCUAAGGGGAAAGAAGCAAAAUAUCACCCCUACCAGACUACAAAGGUGACACGAUUUCCAGCCACAGAAAAAGUAAAAUUUCUUAAGAAGGGAGGAGGGGCCAGAAAAGUAUCAAGAAAGCUUGAGUUUUAUAAAAAGGAGUAUAAUUUUUAUCUUAAUUCAGAUAGAGCAAACUUUUCGAAGUACCCUUGUAUCAAAGAACAAGUAGCAGGCGACUCACUAAAUUCAGAUCUUUUUCCUCUUCAGGGCAACCACAGCGCAGAGGAGCGCUUCCUCCUGCUGGGUUUCUCCGACUGGCCCUCCCUGCAGCCGGUCCUUUUCGUCCUUGUCCUUCUCUGCUACCUCCUGACUCUGACAGGCAACUCGGCGCUGGUGCUGCUGGCUGUGCGCGACCCGCGCUUGCACACGCCCAUGUACUACUUCCUGUGCCACCUGGCCCUGGUGGACGCGGGCUUCACCACGAGCGUGGUGCCCCCGCUGCUGGCCAACCUGCGCGCCCCCGCGCUCUGGCUGCCGCGCGGCGGCUGCAUGGCCCAGCUGUGCGCCUCGCUGGCGCUAGGCUCCGCCGAAUGCGUCCUCCUGGCCGUGAUGGCGCUGGACCGCGCGGUCGCCGUGUGCCGCCCGCUGCACUACGCCGGGCUGACCUCUCCGCGUCUCUGCAGCUUGCUGGCCGGCGCCUCUUGGCUAGGCGGCCUCUCCAACUCCGCCGCGCAAACAGCGCUCCUGGCUGCGCGACCGCUUUGCGCGCCGCGCCUGCUGGACCACUUCAUCUGCGAGCUGCCGGCGCUGCUCAAAUUGGCCUGCGGCGGCGGCAGAGAAACCAUUGAGCGCCAGAUGUUCGGCGCCCGCGUGGUCAUCCUGCUGCUGCCGUCCACCGUCAUCCUGGCUUCCUAUGGGGCCGUGGGCCACGCUGUUUGGGGCAUGCGGUCCAGAGCAGGUCGGAGGAAGGCGGUGGGCACGUGCGGGUCCCACCUGACUGCCGUCUGCCUCUUCUACGGUUCGGCCAUCUACACCUACCUGCAGCCCACACACAGCUACAACCAGGGGCGGGGCAAGUUCGUCUCGCUCUUUUACACGGUGGUCACGCCGGCCCUCAACCCGCUCAUCUACACUCUCCGGAAUAAGGAGGUGAAGGGCGCCGCGAGGAGGUUCCUGGGGAGUCUGCGGAGAGGGCACCCGGGACAGUGAUUGGGUUGGGGCGGGGCAAAGGUACUGGACAGGAACCAAGAAAGGAAAUGCCCACUGGAGAGUCUGCCCGCCUAGCCUCCAUGCUAUUUAUGUAUUUAGUGACAAUACAAGAUUUGUCCUC